UCUCCUGUAAACAUGGCGUCCGUAACCACAGCCACCUCGGAGUGGAUCCAGUUCUUCAAGGAUGCUGGGAUCCCUGCUGGUCUGGCUGUCAACUAUGCCCUGUCUUUUGUGGACAACAGGAUCCAGAAGACCAUGCUGAUGGACCUCACUAAGGAGAUCAUGAUGGACCUGGGCAUCACUGUCAUCGGUGACAUUAUUGCCAUCCUCAAACACGCCAAACAGGUCUACCGACAGGACAUGUGCAAAAUGGCCACACAGGCCAUAACCUCAGGACAGUCCAGCGUUCAGACCGAACUCCGAAGAACUGCCAACACCCCCGCCACACGUAUGAUUGCCAACGCCUUGAGCCACGACUCACCGCCAACCACACCAGCCCAUCACCCUGACAACCGGGCAAUCUCUGUAACCGUGUCGAACAAACAGGCCAAGAGUGGCAAAGCAGUGCUGAGCCGGCCUGCUGACGAGGGGAACGGUCUGCCGGCGAAGCGUCGCCGCGUGACUGCAGAGAUGGAAGGCAAGUACAUCAUCAACAUGCCCAAAGGCACCACGGCACGUACCGCCCGAAUCCUGGCCCAGCAGGCCAAGAAAGGGAACAAGCGGAUGUCUGUGUUUGAGCGACUGGGAGCCGAGUCCAAAGCAGAUACCACCACGGGCUGCAGCAAGGCCACGGGUGUGUUCAGUCGUCUGGGCCGAGCAGACGGAGCGGAGGAGGAGCCGGGAACAGCAGGAAGGGCUGAUGUAGACGGAGCAGAGGAGGAGGAGGAGGAGGAUGAUAGUGAUGGAGAGGGUUCGGUCCUACAGUACGCUGGCGUCCUAAAGCGACUCCCUCCCUCCCAGAAGAAAGAGCCUGUGGCCCCCAAGCUGGCCCCCACCACCCUCCGCCGCCUAGGAGUGAAGUUCAAACUCCCCCCUACUGACUCUCCCUCCUCCUCUUCCUCCCCCGAUGGCCUCCCCCCUGCCAAGCUCAGUGUGCUUCAGAGACUGGGUAAACCAAAUGCCUCCCCACCGCCCGCCGACACCCAGGACAGCCGGGUGACCAGCACCAGAAAUAAGGCCCGGCCAGGCCUGGCCCUGGCCAGCUCUAAAGUCAGCAGCAGCACCAGGGCUGGAGGAGGGGAGAGUUUUGGGGCUCAGAUGGACGUAGGGUCAGUCAAUGUCUUUAAGAGACUGGGCAGCAAGAGGACCUAACGCAUAUCAGGCCAUGUCUAGACCUAUAUACCUUUUCAUUAUUUUUAUUUAGCAUCCAUCCGGAAGGCUAGUUAUUGUGACGUGUUGGUAACAUCCCAUAGACAGCUAGCCUGGGUACCAAUCUGUUUGUGCUAACAUUCCCCUCCCUGUCAUGUUAUGUUUAUUAUAUGACACAGAGUACAAGGGGUGGAAUGUUAGCACAAAACAGGUCUGUAUUUUAGGCUUACGGAGAGCUGCUUCUAGGAGGAGUUGGCUCAGUGAUAAAAAGGGAUUGUGGGAAUGCAGGAUGUAAUGUUCACCGUAUCACCUCAGCACUCACCUCCACCGGGCUGUGACUACCGGGUACAGGAGAAGUACAGUCCACUUAAGACGUUCAUGCUGUAACUCUAGUCCUAGAAUGGACAACAGCAACAGGCAAACAACACAUAAAGCAACCUCUUAACCCACAAGCAAGAGCAUCUCAUCGGCCUCAUUUUUAUAUGAACUGUAUUUGUAGAAAAGUGUAGACUCAUAUUGCUGUGAAGGCUCCACCACCACAUUGAACCUCUGGUUGUGUACAACGAUCUGCUUGAAAGCCAAGAUAUUCAGAGUUGUCUGUUCACAGAAUAGGAAGUUACCCACCAUUGACCUGUAUGUAGAUGUUAUUGUGAGUUUUUUUUUCAGGGCUUAUUCAGUACAUAGAAAUGUAACGUAUAGAGCUGACAUGAUGGUUUUAUUGACUAACAAAGAAUCAUGUUAGUUCUGCACCAUACAUUUCUAUCUAUACUGAACAAAAAUAUAUACGCAACAAUUUCAAUGAUUUUACUAAGUUAUAGUUCAUAUAAAGAAAUCAGUCAAUUUAUAUAAAUUCAUUAGUCCCUAAUCUAUGGAUUUCACAUGACUGGGCAGGGGCGCAGCCAUGGGUGGGCCUGGGAGGGCAUAGGCCGACCCACUGGGGUGCCAGGCAUAGCCAAUCAGAAUUCGUUUUUCACCACAAAAGGGCUUUAUUACAGACAGAAAUUCUCCUCAGUUUCAUCAGCUGUCCGGGUGGCUGGUCUCAGACGAUCCAG